UCGGCUUUGAUUGGGCGGUAGCUGCCAGCUUUGCGCGGCUGGUUUGAAAUCGCAUCAUUCGGAACUGCUAUCCCAGCAGAAGGAGUCCAUUCUCCGGGGGUACGUACCAAAGUAUCCACAAUCAUGGAUGAGUAUGCUAAAAUAGAAAAAAUUGGAGAAGGCACCUAUGGUGUAGUGUAUAAAGGUCGGCAUAAAGCUACAGGUCAGGUUGUUGCCAUGAAGAAAAUCCGACUGGAAAAUGAAGAGGAAGGAGUGCCAAGUACAGCAAUCAGAGAAAUUUCCCUUCUAAAAGAGCUUCAACACCCAAAUAUAGUGUGCCUGCUAGAUGUCUUAAUGCAAGAUUCCAGACUGUACCUCAUUUUUGAGUUUCUUUCCAUGGAUCUUAAGAAGUAUUUGGAUUCAAUCCCCAGUGGGCAGUAUCUUGAUGCUAUGCUUGUUAAGAGUUACUUGUACCAGAUCUUACAAGGAAUUGUAUUUUGCCACGCAAGAAGAGUUUUACACAGAGAUCUGAAGCCCCAAAAUUUGUUAAUAGACAGUAAAGGGGUAAUCAAACUGGCAGAUUUUGGCCUGGCUCGAGCCUUCGGGAUCCCUGUCCGCGUCUACACACAUGAGGUUGUGACACUAUGGUACAGGGCACCAGAAGUGCUCCUGGGAUCCGUGCGAUAUUCCACUCCCGUCGACGUGUGGAGCAUAGGCACUAUAUUUGCAGAGAUUGCCACGAAGAAGCCACUCUUUCACGGAGACUCUGAAAUCGACCAGCUCUUCAGAAUAUUCAGAGCCCUCGGGACACCCAAUAAUGAAGUUUGGCCAGAGGUUGAAUCUUUGCAAGACUACAAGAAUACAUUUCCAAAAUGGAAAGGAGGAAACUUGGCAUCUAGUGUGAAAAACAUCGAUAAAGACGGACUUGACUUGCUAUCUAAAAUGCUCAUAUACGAUCCGGCAAAGAGGAUUUCUGCCAGGAAAGCAUUGCUACAUCCGUACUUUGAGGACUUGGACAAAUCUAGCCUUCCAGCCAAUCAAAUUAAGAACUAACUCGUACCCUCCAAUCAGGGCUCACGCCGGACAAUGCAGACUUACUGAUGUGAUUCACCUUUUGUUUUUUUCCUUCCUUUUUUUUUUUGUAUGUUUGUCAAUUUUGUCUGUUUUUUUUCUUGUGCUGGAAACAUUUCAGCAUUGUAAGAGUACUUAAAUGUAUGCACAAUAUCUGUAAAUAUUUACUCAUUGGGGCUGUGUAAAAUACAUUUGAAACUCACUGAAGAGACAUUUCAUUUUCAUUAAAUAAAGCUUUAAAUACAA